AUGGCGGCGGUGGAUAUCCGAGAUAAUCUGCUGGGAAUCUCUUGGGUUGACAGUGCCUGGAUCCCUAUUUUGAACAGCGGUAGUGUCCUGGAUUACUUUUCAGAAAGAAGUAACCCUUUUUACGACCGAACAUGUAAUAAUGAAGUAGUCAAAAUGCAAAGACUGACAUUAGAACAUUUAAAUCAGAUGGUUGGAGUGGAAUACAUCCUUCUACACGCUCAAGAACCCAUUCUUUUUAUUAUUCGAAAGCAGCAACGGCAGUCCUCUACCCAAGACAAAGUCAAACCUAAAGCCAAAAGGAAAGAAGAACCAAGCUCUAUUUUCCAGAGACAACGUGUGGAUGCUUUACUCUUAGACCUUAGACAAAAAUUUCCACCUAGAUUUGUACAGCAAAAGUCUGGAGAAAAGCCUGUCCCAGCGGAUCAGACAAAGAAAGAGGCAGAAUCUAUACCAGAAGCUGUAAGAUCUGAAGAGAAAGAGACAACAAAGAACAUUCAGCAAACAGUGAGCACUAAAGCCCCCCCUGAGAAACGGAUGAGACUCCAGUGA